GUUCUGCUUCUGUUUGCAAAAAGUCUCAUGUUGCUUUGCUCUGCUUCCCAGCAGUGGCUUGGCCUACUUCAGCGGCUGCUUCAGUGACCAACCCCUCCCCUGUGAUCGUCGUUGCUUGGACACUGCCCACUUACAAAGGUAUAAACACCGUGGUGCCACCCGCCACCUGUCACAUACCUGCUUGCCAAAACCAGCUCCUUCUUUUCAAACCCUUUCAUCAUCACUAGAUUCCCACACCACUCUAUUCUUCUACUAUCGCCGGGUAAAUUCAGUCAGUCAGCUGCAUUGGCCCUGCUUGUCCACCGAAGUGAAAAAAAAGAUCGUCCUAGACUCUCCGACGCGCAUCGGUCCAGAACUACCACUGCCCCACUCCGGCUACCACCAUUCAUCGAUUAGAUAGCCACGCCUUCGUACUCGCAGCAACGAACCAAAUCGUUUUUGUUCGCAUUUAAGAGUCCCUGCUGCCCUACCACCGCAGACGAAUCCUUCCUCUCGUCUCUUCUGAUUGCCUCUAUACCCCUCCCGAACUCAUACAUCCCACCUCUCUUCUUCCUUCCUCUCCUCUAGUCACAAUGGAAGCUAUCAAGCAAGCCCUCCACAUUGGCUCCAAUGGCGCCUCCAAGGCCGAGCCCAGCACUGAAGCUGUUUCUGAGCUCAAGGCCAAGUACGCCCAGGCUGGCCAGGAGCACGUCUUCACCUUUUACGACUCUCUGAACGCCGAGGAGAAGGCUGCCCUCUUUGAGCAGCUCUCCGGCUUCGACCCCAAGUACAUCAACGAAAUCACAGAGCGAGCUCUCGCCCCCGCCCAUGAUGAAGCCGCCGCCGUCCUCGAACCCCUCCCCGACUCUGCCACUGCUAGCAUUCUCGACUCAAGCGCUGAGGACGUCAACAAGUGGAACGCUGCUGGUCUCGACCUCAUUGCCCAGAACCAGGUUGCCGUCGUCCUCAUGGCUGGUGGCCAGGGAACCAGACUCGGCAGCUCCGCCCCCAAGGGUUGCUACGACAUUGGCCUCCCCUCCAAGAAGUCCCUCUUCCAGAUCCAGGCUGAGCGCAUUCGAAAGGUGCAGGAGCUCGCUGCCAAGAAGUCUGGUGCCGACGUCGUUGUUCCCUGGUAUGUCAUGACCAGCGGUCCCACGCGCCAGCCAACUCAGGCAUUCUUUGAGGAGAACAAGUACUUUGGCCUCGCCAAAGAGAACGUCAUGAUCUUUGAGCAGGGUGUUUUGCCUUGCAUCUCCAACGAGGGCAAGAUCCUUCUCGAGAACAAGGGCCGUGUUGCUGUUGCCCCCGACGGCAACGGUGGUAUCUACCAGGCUCUCAUUGUCUACGGUGUCAUUGACGACAUGCGCAAGCGCGGUAUCAAGCACAUCCACGCUUACUGUGUCGAUAACUGCCUUGUCAAGGUCGCCGAUCCCGUUUUUGUCGGCUUUGCUGCCGCCCUCAAGGUUGACAUUGCUACCAAGGUUGUCCGCAAGCGCAACGCUACCGAGUCCGUCGGUCUCAUCCUCUCCCGCAACGGCAAGCCCGACGUUGUCGAGUACUCCGAGAUCGACAAGGCCACUGCCGAGGCCGAAGACCCCAAGCAGCCCGGUGUUCUCAAGUACCGUGCCGCCAACAUUGUCAACCACUACUACUCCUUUGAGUUCCUCGAGAGCAUCCCCCAGUGGGCCCACAAGCUGCCUCACCAUGUUGCUCGCAAGAAGAUCCCCUUUGCCGACGUCCAGACUGGCGAGACCGUCAAGCCCGAGAAGCCCAACGGCAUCAAGCUUGAGCAGUUCGUCUUUGACGUGUUCCCCAUGCUUCCUCUGAACAAGUUUGCCUGCAUGGAGGUCCGCCGUGAGGACGAAUUCUCUCCCCUCAAGAACGCCCGCGGCACUGGCCAGGACGACCCCGAUACCAGCAAGGCGGCCGUCAUGGAGCAGGGCCAGAAGUGGGCUCAGGCUGCUGGCGCUACUGUUGUUGCUGAUGGCGGUGUUGAAGUCUCUCCUCUCAUCAGCUACGGUGGCGAGGGUCUUGAGAACCUCAGCGGCAAGACAUUGACUGCUCCCGCUGUUCUUGAGCGCGAAUAGACGACUCGUGCGAGAACCGACCAUGAUUGAAUGACACGACUCUUUCAUAUAAUGCUUUGUCAUGUGUUUUUCUUUUUAUACUUUUUGCAUGCAUACACGCAUCAUGCUAUGCCGUUGUGAAGUUUACAUUACAUAUUGUUUGGAAUAAUUGGAAUCGAGGAUAAACUCCCCCAGAGAUAGUGUGAGGGGUUCUACACAAAAGGAGGAUGCAUUGGGAAUACUCGUCUUUGAGGACCCUUGUUAGGGUGAAUAGGCGUGUUAUAUUUUUGGCCUACAGUUUUAGCGGUUGCAGAUGCAGCAUACAUACAUUCAAUGCCAUAAUGAUUGAUUUCUCUUGAAACUGAUUGUUCAUUUUACUUUUUACCCAACACAUUACUUGUAAAUUCAUAAUUCUAUGGAGAGUAUAGAUUCCCGUCUAUGCUUUUCGCUCCCAAAGUGUAUCCCAUGCUUGUCAUUCUAACAGAUUUUGCUGACAUCUUCUUUCUUCUCCCCCCUUCUAGUUCUUUAUUUAAGCAGACUCCUGCUCAGCAAUGAAGUGCUCAGCCUCAAGGGCAGCCAUGCAGCCAGUACCGGCACUGGUGAUAGCCUGGCGGUACUUCUUGUCCUGGACGUCACCAGCGGCGAAGACACCCUCGACGCUGGUGAAGGUAGUGCCGGGCUUGGUGAUAAUGUAGCCCUCCUCAUCCAUGUCGAGCUGGCCCUUGACAAGCUUGGUGGCGGGGUCGUGGCCAAUGGCGUAGAAGAGACCGUUGGCCUCGACAACCUCCUCGGCACCAGUGACGGUGUCCUUGACGACAAUGUGGGACAUCAGGCCAUCGUCACCGCCGCGGACCUCGCUGGCAGCAGAGUUGAAGCGCACAGUGACCUUGGGGUGCGCGAGCAGACGCGUAGCCAUGGUCUUGCUGGCACGGAGCUGGUCACGGCGGACAAGCACAGUAACGUGGCUACCGUACUUUGUGAGGAAAGUGGCCUCUUCGGCAGCAGAGUCACCACCACCAAUAACGUAGAGGGGCUUGUUGCGGAAGAUGGGCACAGCACCGUCGCAGACGGCGCAGGCGGAGAUACCGUUUUGCCAGUACUUGUCCUCACCGGGGAGGUUCAUGCGGCGGGCCGAGGCGCCGGUAGCAAUGAUGACGGCAUCGGCAGUGUGUGUCUCGUCGGGGCUGAACUCGGUGCUGUACUUGAAGGGGCGGGACGACAGGUCGAGCUUGGUGACGGUGUCGGUGAUGAUCUCGGUGCCGAAGCGCUCCGACUGUGCGCGCAUGUUGUCCAUGAGCUCCUGGCCCAUGAUGCCCUUGGGGAAGCCAGGGUAGUUUUCAACCUCGGUCGUGGUCGUGAGCUGGC